UGUUCCUACUUCCGUUCUCUGGGGUAUGUAAAUGUUUGUGCACACUGCUGUCUGCAGGAACCGCAGCUGCCAUCAUCCUGUGCCUCAGGUACCUGCAGAGGAGGCUGCGUCCACCUACCUGACAGCAACAUGGAGGCUGUGCAGAUGAGGAACCACCCCAGGAGGCAGUUAAAAAAACUAAGUGAAGACAACUUAAAUAAACAACCGGAGGAAGUAUUUGAUAUCCUAGAAAAACUUGGUGAAGGGUCAUAUGGCAGUGUAUUUAAAGCAAACCACAAGGAAACAAGCCAGAUUGUGGCCAUUAAACAGAUUCCUGUGGAGUCUGACCUGCAGGAAAUUAUAAAGGAGAUCUCCAUCAUGCAGCAGUGUGACAGCCUCCACGUUGUGAAGUAUUAUGGAAGCUACUUUAAGAACAGUGACCUGUGGAUUGUUAUGGAGUAUUGUGGAGGGGGCUCUGUCUCUGACAUCAUCCGACUGCGGAAACAAACUUUAAAAGAAGAAGAAAUAGCAACCAUUCUCCAAUCAACAUUAAAAGGACUGGAAUAUCUUCAUUUCAUGAGGAAAAUCCACCGAGAUAUUAAGGCCGGGAACAUAUUACUAAGCUCUGAAGGGGUUGCUAAACUAGCAGACUUUGGGGUGGCAGGUCAGCUGACUGAUACCAUGGCAAAGCGGAACACUGUUAUCGGUACUCCAUUUUGGAUGGCUCCAGAAGUGAUUCAAGAGAUUGGAUAUAACUGUGUUGCAGAUAUUUGGUCCCUUGGCAUAACUGCAAUUGAGAUGGCUGAAGGGAAGCCGCCAUAUGCUGAUAUUCAUCCAAUGAGGGCUAUAUUCAUGAUUCCAUCAAACCCACCACCAACACUUCGAAGACCAGAACUUUGGUCAAAACAUUUCAUAGAUUUUAUUAACCAGUGUCUAGUCAAAAAUCCGGAGCAGAGAGGGAGUGCAACUGAACUGCUACAGCACCCAUUUGUCAAAGUUACCAAAGGAGCAUCCAUUUUAAAACAUUUAAUAAAUGAAGCAAUGGAGGCAAAUAUUAAACGUAGUGAAUUCCAGCAACGUGAAGUGGAACCAGAGGAGGAAGAGAAUGCGGAUGAGGAUGAUGUUGAUGCUGGCACGAUGGUUCAUACCCGAAAUAAAGACAUUGGGACAAUGCAGGAGUUCAGCACCAUGAGUGAAGGGGCAGAUGGCACAAUGGUGGAAAAUGAACACCUAGAAACACAGCUUGGCACCAUGUUAAUAAACGACGAGGAUGAAGAUGAGGACAUUGAGUCUGGUACUAUGAAACAAAUUAGCAAGCCUUCGCAACCUGCCAAACCAUCGUUUCUGGAGUACUUCGAAAAGAACGAGAUCCAGUUAGGCGCAUCCAGUAAAAAGACCCCAGAAAACUCUUCAGAUUCAUCUGAAUUUAAAAUACCUCUUAAUGGAGACUACAGCUUUCUAAACGACUGGGACGUGGGCGAACUACAGACGAGGCUGAAUACACUGGAUCCAUUAAUGGAGAGGGAAAUUGAAGAAAUUCAUCAAAAGUAUCAGGCCAAACGACAGCCCAUCCUAGAUGCCAUAGAAUCAAAGAAACGCAGGCAGCAAAAUGUCUAAAUCCCUUUAAACCAUGGCUGGACUUUUGAUAUUUUUUAUAAAAAUGUUUAUUUUUCUAGACAUUUUUUAUAUAUUUUGCUGCAACUUAUAAGGAUGUAUGUACAUAGAGUGAGGCUGAUAAUGUGUGUGUGAGUUCAUGUUUAAUCAAUUUAAAGGGAUUUUAAAAUGUGAUUUUAUUUAAAUAAAGCAUCUGCGACUUUC